AUAUUUAGGCUUACACAUUGAGAGAAUUUGAUGAGUCAAAGUGCUUAGAUGAACAGUUCCAAAAACCAAAAGUAGACAAAUAUAGCGGGAGGGGAUAUAUACUCUCAAACUCCACCGAGCCCCGUCAAGCCCCCAAAAAUUCAACAUCACCAGAAAUGACAGGAAGCAGGAAUUUUCUCGCAAUUUUAUUCUUUAAUAAUGCUUCAGUUUCUGCACGCUCCGCAACCACGCUCAUCACCAGGAAGCUUAAAAAUCAUCUCCAUUACUCGUCGUCUUCUUCUUCUUCUUCGCCAAAUCACUCUCUUCCUGCUGCAGCACACCACGCCAAGGCGAUCAAAGACGGGUCGCUGACCCGGAGCUUGCAUCUGCGCAACUGUCUCAUGACCCGCUACGCCAAAAGCAACCGCUUAGACUCCGCCCGCAAGCUGUUCGACGAAUUUCCCCACAGAGACGUCCGGUCCUGGACGAUAAUUCUCUCCGCCCUGGCUCGGUCCGGGUCGAGCCAAGAGGCGCUGGACAUCUUCUCGAGGAUGCUGGAAGAAGGCGCCGUGGUGCCGAACAAGUUCACACUGUCCGGCGUCUUGAAGUGCUGCUGUUCCGGCGUCGGGGAUGGGCUGAGAAAAGGAAAGGCUCUCCAUUGUUGGAUGGUCAUUCGUGGGGUCGAAGGGGACACUGCUCUGGACAACGCCAUUCUUGAUUUCUAUGUGAGGCACGACGAGUUUGGGUGGGCAGAGAAGUUCUUUAGAACAAUGGGCAGUAAAAAUGCUUCGUCUUGGAACAUAAUGCUGGCGGGGCACGUAAGAACGGGAGACAUGGAGAGGUGCGUGGAGUUCUUCCGGACAAUGGAGGUAAAAGCCGUGUCGAGUUGGAACAUAAUCAUGAGCGGGCUUUUGGUGCACGGGUUCGCGGGUCGGGCGUUGGAAGUGUUGUAUGAAUUGUCUAGACGCGGACGCCCGGCGUUUAACAGACUCACGUAUUCAAUAUCGCUGAAGCUGGCGUCUUGUCUGGUUAGUUUUGAAGUAGGGAGACAGAUCCACGGUAAAGUCAUAAGGGACAGUAGGUUUCGGGACGAUUCUUUGAGGACAUCGCUUAUCGACGUGUAUUGGAAAUGUGGACAGAUGGAGAAAGUAUCUGCAUUUUUUAAGAUCUGAGAGCCAAGUUAAUACUGAUAAUACCCACUGCAGGGAAAGUUUUCAAUCACUUUUAAAGAGUUGAGUAACUUAACUCUCGUAUAUAGUACAGUAUUAAGAAGUUGUCACGCUCUAGAAAUUAAAAGUACAAAGUUUUACUCGAUUCAUAUGGCCUUAGAAAAAAGAAUUCCUAUCCAAAAAAGGUAAAGCAAACAAAUUCAAAAUUUAAAAGAUGCAAAAAGAGAGAUUUUAAAACGCAUGUCAAGCUAAAGAAAAAGACGACUGAGCU